UUUUAGUCAUUCAAGUUCCGAGCAUUGCUCAAGCAACAGCUAACACACCGAGAUCCGAUCCAAUUUCAAGCACCGCGGAGCUAACAGUUGCAGUCAAUAAACGGAGUACUUACAAAGCCAAAGAAUGGCCGCGAAUCCUCAAUGGCUAAGGCUUAACAUUCUUGUUCUGCUCCUCCAGCUGGGCGGAUUGAGCCUUAUCCAGGCCAAUAUCGAGACGUGCAGCAACCGUCAGGAAGAUUGCACAUUGCAACCGCUGCAUCGCUCAAUAAAAGAUUACGGAAGUGAACUAGAGGAAUACGACGAGCAUCUUAUAUAUAGACAAGUCAAUGAGCGGAAUGACAAGCAAUUGCAUGGCGAAUACGGUCAGCGGAUCGAUUGGUCACUUCGCCUAGGCCAAGAGGAGCGCGUACCGUUGCAUACUUGUGAUGAGAGGCGGGACACUCGCAUAGAAAUACAACAAAAUGAUGGUGACCGCCGUGAAGAACGUGGCGAUCGUCGAUGGCAGCAACGUGUUCAAGUGCGUGACAAUCUACAACAAAGCGAUGACUUCCGACGAAAGGAACAUGUUAGUCUCCGAAGAGAUCAUAGCGAUUAUAUUCGUCGAGAGGCAGGACGGGAAAAUAUUCGAAUGGUGGAACGGGAUGAUUUCCAAAGGGAAGAACGUGAUGAUAUUCGACAAGAGGAACGUAAAGAUAUGCGCCGAGAGGAACAUGACGAGCUCGAAAGAGAAUAUAAUGAUAAUCGAAGGGAGGAACGCGAUGAUCUCAGAAGGGAGCAACGUUAUGAUAGUCGUCGAGAGGAACGCGAAAAUCUUCGAUGGGAAGAACGCUCUGAUAUCCGAAACGAGGAACGUGAUGAUAUUCGUAGGGUAGAGCGCGACGAUCUCAGGAGGGAAGAACACUCUGAUCUCCGAAGGGAUGAACGUGAUUAUAUUCGCAAUGAAGAACGCGACGAUCUCCGAAGGGAGGAACGUGGUGAUAUUCGCCGAGAGGAACGUGAAAAUCUCCGAAGGGAAGAACGCUCUGAUCUCCGAAGAAAUGACCGUGAUGGUGAUCGUAGGGAAGAACGCGACGAUCUCAGGAGGGAGCAACGUGAUAAUAUUCGCCGAGAGGAACGCGAAAAUCUCCGAAGGGAGGAACGUUCUGAUCUCCGAAGGGAGCAACGUGAUGAUAUUCGUAGGGAAGAACGCAACGAUCUCAGGAGGGAAGAACACUCUGAUCUCCGAAGGGAUGAACGUGAUUAUAUUCGCAAUGAAGAACGCGACGAUCUCCGAAGGGAGGAACGUGAAAAUCUCCGAAGCGAAGAACGCUCUGAUCACCGAAGGGAGGAACGUGAUGAUAUUCGUAGGGAAGAACGCGACGAUCUCAGGAGGGAGCAACGUGGUGAUCUUCGCCGAGAGGAACGCGAAAAUCUCCGAAGGGAAGAUCGCUCUGAUCUCCGAAGAAAUGACCGUGAUGGUGAUCGUAGGGAAGAACGCGACGAUCUCAGGAGGGAGCAACGUGAUAAUAUUCGCCGAGAGGAACGCGAAAAUCUCCGAAGGGAGGAACGUUCUGAUCUCCGAAGGGAGCAACGUGAUGAUAUUCGUAGGGAAGAACGCAACGAUCUCAGGAGGGAAGAACACUCUGAUCUCCGAAGGGAUGAACGUGAUUAUAUUCGCAAUGAAGAACGCGACGAUCUCCGAAGGGAGGAACGUGGUGAUAUUCGCCGAGAGGAACGUGAAAAUCUCCGAAGGGAAGAACGCUCUGAUCUCCGAAGAAAUGACCGUGAUGGUGAUCGUAGGGAAGAACGCGACGAUCUCAGGAGGGAGCAACGUGAUAAUAUUCGCCGAGAGGAACGCGAAAAUCUCCGAAGGGAGGAACGUUCUGAUCUCCGAAGGGAGCAACGUGAUGAUAUUCGUAGGGAAGAACGCAACGAUCUCAGGAGGGAAGAACACUCUGAUCUCCGAAGGGAUGAACGUGAUUAUAUUCGCAAUGAAGAACGCGACGAUCUCCGAAGGGAGGAACGUGAAAAUCUCCGAAGCGAAGAACGCUCUGAUCACCGAAGGGAGGAACGUGAUGAUAUUCGUAGGGAAGAACGCGACGAUCUCAGGAGGGAGCAACGUGGUGAUCUUCGCCGAGAGGAACGCGAAAAUCUCCGAAGGGAAGAUCGCUCUGAUCUCCGAAGAAAUGACCGUGAUGAUGAUCGCAGAGAAGAACGCGACGAUCUCCGAAGGGAGGAACGUGAUGAUAUUCGCCGAGAGGAACGUGAAAAUCUCCGAAGGGAGGAACGUUCUGAUCUCCGAAGGGAGCAACGUGAUGAUAUUCGUAGGGAAGAACGCAACGAUCUCAAGAGGGAGCAACGUGGUGAUCUUCACCGAGAGGAACGCGAAAAUCUUCGAAGUGAAGAACGCUCUGAUCUUCGAAGAAAUGACCUUGAAGAUGAUCGCAGGGAAGAACGCGACGAUCUCCGAAGGGAGAAACGUGAUGGUGUUCGACGAGAGGGACGCGAAAAUCUCAGAAAGGAAGAACGUUCGGAACUCCGAAGCGAACAGCGAAAGGAACACGACGAUCUACGAAUUGAGGAACGUGAUAUCGUCCUAGGAGAGGAAUGGCGCAACAUACGUCACGAAAAUCGUGAUAUAUCUCGACGACAUGAACGAGAAAUUGAAAAUGAUAGCCGUGAAGACAUUGAGCGACGUGAUGAAGAAGAGGAACGUGAUAGUCGCCGCCGUGGGGAGAGUCUGGAACGUGUAGAUGCAGAACGCGGUGAGAGGCGAGUUAGUCUGGAGAAUAUGCGACGAGUCGAGGUUGAGCUUACUCAAAGACGGGAGCGAGAAGAUCGAGAUCUUGGUGAGUUCUCUCGUCGUGAAAAUCGUCGUGUGAAAUCUGGCUAUUCCCAUCGAGAUCAAGAAAGUGUGCUGCUGGAAGGAAGGCGAGAAAGCCCCGAGGAGAUGCGAAGGGUCGUAUCACGCAGACAGAGCCGUGAUAAUCGAGAGCAUAAUUAUAUCGACAUUCGCGAAAGCCGCGAAAAACAAGCCGAUUUUCGACGAGAGGAGAGAAGCGAACUCCGACGAGAACGAGACGACUCUCUGCGGGUGGAACGGGAAGUGUCUCGACGAAUCAACCGAGAUGAAAGCGAGCGGGUCGACAACGAAAUAAUAAAUACUCGAAUUAACGGAGAAGCUCUGCGACGAGAGGAAAUCGACCUAACACGAAGACAAGAAAGGCUGCUUAAUCGCAAUAUUAGAGAAGACUCCAGACGAGUGAAUCGGGACAUUUCCCGAAGAAAGGAGCGCGACGAGGAACGCGAUGAGCUGCGAGAAGUGGAGGACAUUAGUCAUCGUCGAGAACACAGAGUUGACCGUCAGCAAAGGGAACGUAAUAGUCGUCGUGGAGAGGAUCGACGUGUAGAGCGAAAUAUAUCUCGAAGACAAGAGCGGGAAGAAAAACGUGAAGAGCAAACAGAACGAGUUGAGCUGUGGGUCGCGGACCGAAGACGGCAGCGUCGUGUGGAUAUGGAGCGAGAUGAAAUGAAUCAAAUAGAUCAAGAAAGGAGGCAGGAUCGUGACGAGCGUAAGCGCUUAGAUGAUCGACAUGUCAAUCGACAAAACGUAAUAUUCCGACGUGGAGAACGGGAUGAUUACGGGCAAAAGGAAACGAGCAACAAUUUCCGCUUUGAAGAACGAAACGAUUUGCGACUCGUAAAUCGAGAGGAACAAAUAGAGAAUCGGGAAGAUCGUGAGCUUAAUAAGGAUAGCCUGGAAGUGCGGCAGAUCGCUAACUCUCGACGUGAGCAACGUCAAGAGCAUCAACGUGAGAAUCGACGUGCUGAACGCGCCGAUAUGCAACGAGAGGAACGCAGGGAAAGACAAGUGAUUCGUGAGGUCAGCCGACCCAAUGAGAGAGAUAAUCGUGAGCAACGAGAUGUCUCCCGAAGAGAACAACGUGAUGCCGAUGUCGCUCGUGGUGCAGAACGAAGUGAUAUGCGAGAAGUCAAUCUACAGAAAUCCGAAAAUCUUCGUGGCAUAGAACGCAGUCUACUCGAGGUUGUCACCGAUAGGACAUCAAUGGAGAACGAAAGGAGUGAAAGUCGAGAAGAUGUCAGGUUGAGCGCCCUUGAACUAGCGCCACUGUAUAAGGAAAAUAGUCUUGAAAACCAAAGGCUGUUUGCAGAGGAAAAGUCUCUGGCCUGGUUGAGCAACAGCUACAGCAAACAGGUUCUUUUGAUUACUGGUCAGGCGCUGAUUUUACUAGUACUCUACGCGAAGCUGAACAGCCAUAAAGGACAUGAUCUGGGGCAUCGACUGGGAGAUCAUAUCCAAGGCUUUCUUCAUCCCGCCGACUGUUAAGGCACACGGCAAGCACGACAAACACGGCUUUACGAGAAACCUGAUAACCUGAAACGCAAAAGUACCUAAGCAAAUAUACAUAUAUACGGAAACGCUAUUUAACGCAUCCCUACGUACCCAUACAGUGCAACAUAAUGAGCAACGAGCUGAAUGCCGAGAGUGGAUCUGAGAGAUGUGUGGUUGCAAAUGCAUUCUACAAUUUAUUCUAACUGUUACUGUAAACUGUAAACUGUAAACUACACUGAACUACAAGCAAAUAUAUAAGUUAUACAUAGU